AUGGCCGGACGGUGCAGACAGUGCGGCCGGCCCACAGAAUGGGCACCCGACGUCGGCUCUGACGUCUGCACCAGCUGCGGCACCCUCGCAGACCCCUCCCAGAGCGUCCUCACCUCCCACGUCGACUUCCCCAACGACGCCUCCACCCGCGACUAUGCCUCCCUCCCCUACACCCGCCCCACCGCCCUCAAGUCCCUCCGCGGCACCGCCGGCUGGCUCCUCGCUGGCCAGGGAAAAGAGGCCACCCACGACCGCAACAAGGUCCGCUCUCCUCCCGCUCUUUCCGACUUCCUCAUUCUCUAUCUCGCGCAGAUCGCCCUCCACGAGUCCAUCCGCACCCUCGCCGUCCGCCUCGCCCACCCCGGCAUCGCGCCCCGCGCCCAGGCCCUCUUCGACCUCGCCCUCCACCGCGCCUCCCUCCGCUGGGGCCGCCCCGCAAAGCUCGCAGCCGGCGCCGCCGUCCUCUUCGCCCUCCGCGAGGCCGGCUGCCCCGAUGCCACCCCUGACCUCGCCGUAAGUUCCCCUCCCGUCCCCUUUCCCAUUUCCUCCCAUCCCCUCCCCGCUCGCACCCCUAUUUCCCGCGACCCCACACUUCCCCACCUUCGAUUCGCCCUCGUGCGCACGCCAGCCCCUCGCUUGUGCGUCAGCCGCAGGCGCCCCGCGCGUCCCGCACCCCCGCUCUCGCGCGCAAUCCCGCACGAGGCCGCCGCCUGCCUCCACCACCUGACAGCACCCCGCUCGUGCCCGCGCUCCCAACACGCGCACGCACACGCGCGUUCGAGCGCGCCCACCGCCGUGAGAACAGAGCGCGUGCCCCCGCGUCCCGAAGCGCGGAGAUAA